ACAGCUGAACAGCAGAUGCAAGUGAAACCCUCCUUCGUUCCCAGCUCUCUGCUUUCUUAAUGGCUCGUCUUCUUCAAAUCGCUCAAAGAAAGCUCGACGCUUCUUUGCCUUCGAUUAGAAGUCGGACACACGAGGUCUCCGGUUGCGUCCACUCACUGAAUGUCACUUCAACUUGUCUUCAUCAAACUAGACGUUAUGGAGCCCAGGCAACGCCCAAAUCGCUCUUUGAAUCUAACAUUUUAAGAAUUCUUCGAAAUGAGAUCGAGUUUCAGUCCGAGUACGCCCCUCCAGAACAGCCUAUGACAAAAUUCAACUCAUUCACUGUUCAAGAUCGACCAGGUGAGCAGUGGAUUACAAUGAAGGGAAGUUUUGGGGACAAAGAAGAAAUAAAAAUUGAAGCUACCAUGUUUGAUGGGUAUGCACAGGUUCCCAAGCUUGGAGAUGACAGUUCCGGGGUGAAUGUCCAUCUUCACUUUAGUCUACUUGUGGAUAUUUCAAAGGAGGAGUUUGGCAGUGAAUUGGAAUUUGUCUGCUCAGCAUGGCCAGAAUCUUUAGAAAUCCAAAGAGUUUACAUCCUAAGGCGUGAUCGGAUGCAUGCUAUGCCUUACAUGGGACCUGACUUCAGGACUCUCGAUACUGAAAUUCAGGAGAAAUUUCGGGAGUACUUGAAGACAAGGGGGAUAAACAAUGAAUUAUGCAUUUUCUUGCAUCAAUAUAUGACUAACAAACAUAGAAUCGAGCUUCUAAGUGGUUCUGUGCAAUGGAUUUCAAUAGACAAAGGCACAGGGAUCAUCACUUUGAUUGGCUUGAAAAGCAGCUUUGCUCUUCUGGUUUUUCACUUGGUGAAUGAGGCAACGUGAAUAAAUUGUCGUUGCUUUGGCUUUUUCAUUCGACAUUAUAAAUUAUAAGUUGUUCAGGACAUCUUUAAAUAACAAUAAAUGCUAUGUUACAUAAAUUUUA